GGUUGUUAAACCCUUCUCUAAAACCCUCCAUUUUCAAUUGGGAGAACAAAGCAGUAAACAUGAGUAUCAAUCUGUCUCUCCGCCACCGCUCUUUCGCAUACCUCAAUCGCCGCCUCUCCUCCUCGCCCUUCUCCACCAGCACCAUCUCCAAAAUCCCCACCCUUUACGAACCCACCGCCGCCCCCACCACCACCCAAAACGACGCCGUCCCCACCACAACCCUCCAACUCCUCUCAUGGGGCAGAGGCGCCUCCGGUCAGCUCGGCGGCGGCAUCGAAGAAAUCCGGCUCUACCCAACUCCAGUCGCCAACCUUGUCGUUCCCACCUCAUCCUUCACUCUUUCACCAACCCAGGGCCGAAUUCAAGCACCCAAUUGCUCGAAUCAAAAGAACAAUGCCGACAGCGGUGUUGUGGAGGUGGGUAUUUCUUGUGGGUUGUUCCACUCAUCGCUGUUGGUGGAUGGUAAGCUUUGGAUUUGGGGUAAAGGCGACGGCGGUCGACUUGGUUUUGGGCAUGAGAAUUCUCUGUUUCUCCCGACUUUGAACCCCAAUUUGGAUUCGGUUCGCUUCGUGGCGCUUGGCGGGUUGCAUUCGGUGGCGCUCACCGCCACCGGGGAGGUCUAUACUUGGGGUUAUGGUGGUUUUGGUGCACUGGGGCAUUCUGUUUAUACUAGAGAGUUGUUCCCUAGAUUGGUAGAAGGAUCGUGGAGUGGGAAAAUACGUCAUAUUUCGACUAGUGGGACGCAUACUGGUGCCAUCACGGAAUCAGGAGAACUUUAUACUUGGGGUCGAGAUGAAGGGGAUGGUAGAUUGGGACUUGGUCCUAAUCGAGGCCCAAACGAGGGUGGUGGACUCAGCAUACCCUCCAAAGUAAAAGCAUUACCUAUGCCUGUGACUGCUGUUUCUUGCGGAGGUUUUUUCACAAUGGCACUGACAGAAGAUGGGGAACUUUGGAAUUGGGGAGCAAACUCUAACUAUGAGCUUGGAAGGGGCGAUAAGGUUGGUGGUUGGACACCAAAACCAGUUCCUAGUCUUGCAGGCAUUCGUAUUAUUCAGAUAGAAAGUGGUGGAUAUCAUUCUCUUGCGUUAACUGAUGAAGGUAAAGUACUUUCUUGGGGCCAUGGUGGUCAUGGUCAGUUGGGCAACUCUUCUUUACAGAGUCAGAAAACACCUACAGUUGUUGAGGCUUUAACUGAUGAGCGUGUUAUCUAUAUUGCUUGCGGGGGUUCAUCUUCAGCAGCUAUAACAGAUAAAGGAAAGUUGUUUAUGUGGGGAUACACCAAAGACUCUCAGCUAGGAGUACCUGGGCUGCCGGAGAUCCAACCAUCUCCUGUUGAAGUCAAGUUUUUAAUGGAGGAUGAUGGACUGGGAGCCCACAAUGUGCUGUCUGUUGCAGUUGGUGCUUCCCAUGCCAUGUGCUUGGUUUCAAGGGAUGAAUUGUCCAACUGAGCUAGGAGAAAAAUGAAAAUCUAUGGUGCUGAAGUAAACUGAUUUGAGAUUAUGAAGAUUAUCGCAUGCGAGAAAGAUGACGUCUAGUCAAGAUAUACAAGAAAUACGAUACAUGAAAUAAAAUGUGAACGCUUCAGUGCAAUAAGUUGCUGCCCUUCCUUGCUCUGGCGUAAGUGCUACAUCGACCGUGUGUUCCAACUCAACUUGCUUAAAAUUACUCAAGGAAACCUGCUUCCAAAUGCAACAGAUCAGAGCCUGUUGCAAGGAUAUACAGACAUUGACAGAACUCAGUUAUUGAAAACACAUAAGAGCUUCUCAGUCUCUUUAAAUUACUGGCAGAGGUGGUAGAUAUCUUAUACAUUCUUGUAACGUAUGGUGGUUCUUUGUUGUACCAGUUGCUAGACUGGCCCAAACUUUACUACAAAUUUUCUUCGGCUGUGAUUGUCCGGCAAUUAUUUUCAUGAUUUCGUUUCCAGUGCAAUUUGAAAGUGCAUUUUUUUCCC